AUGGUCGUGUUUAGUGAUGCUAUUACUCUCGUUGGCCUGCUCUCGCUGGCCUCUUUAUCCUAUCGCUUCUUCUCGACCGUCUGGUUGUACCUUCUCAGACCGAGCACCGUGCACCACUAUCUCCAUGGCCCUUCGCCAUACGCACUCGUCACCGGUGCCUCAGACGGUAUCGGGAAAGCCACGGCCCUGGAGCUCUCUAGGAAGGGAUUCAAUUUGAUCCUUCACGGCCGUAAUGAAGAGAAGGUCAAGAAGGUCGCUUCGGAGAUUCGCGCACAAGGAUCUCGCGAUGUCCGCUACUUCAUUGCGGAUGCAGCGCAGGGCGGGCACAACUUUGCGAACCUCGUGCAGCCGUACAAGGAUCUGAACAUCACGCUUCUCAUCAACAACGUCGGUGGGACUCAUAUGCAUGGCGAGAGGAUUGAUGGCGUACCCGAGUCACAUCUUCAGGACACAGUCAACUGGUCCGAUAUGUUUGGGCUCUUCCUCACUCGUGCCCUCCUGCCACAACUCCGCCAGUCUGCCACGCAUGGCCCGGUCAUGGUCCAGUUCGUUGGGUCCAUAACAGCGGACAUUUUCCCACCCCGCCUCGCUGUCUAUGCUGCUUCUAAAGCAUUCCUACGAACCCUCUCACGCAGCCUGGAAAACGACGAGAAGGUAUGGGGCACUCCGACGGGGGUGAAGUUCGCAUACCUCACCGUGGGGGAGGUGCAAACGAACGGGCAGCCUUGCGAGGAGACCAUCAUGUCCCCCAGUGCCGAUACCUUCGCGAAGGCACUCGUUGCGAAAGUUGGGUGCGGCCAGAAGGCAUAUGCUCCCUACAUGCCGCAUGCGUUAGGACAGUGGGUCCUGAGCAUUUUGCCGGAAGGAAUUGCGGAUUCGUUCGUUGCAGAUAGCAUGACCAGGGCCCUCGCUCUGCACAAGAAGUCCAUCUAG